CCGCUAAGGGGCCGAGUAGGCAACUGAGGGGGUGCACACGUAUCCCGCCCGAGCAUGGAUCUCCCCACACUGCUGACAGGGUUGCUCAGGAUCCUCCUCUGGCAGGCAGCCUGUGCAGGUGCCGAGGAGACGUCUGCAUGGCAGCUUCUGUCACCCCCAGAAUUAUCCUGGUCCCCUCCAGGCAGUGUUGUUUCUCGAGGGGAGCCGAUCCACUUGAACUGCUCCCCCCCAGGAGGACAGGAGGCUAAGUGGUUCUUCUUCCACCAAUUAAAAGAAGGGGGUAAAUGGACCGAACUGGUACAACGGCAGCAAAAUCACUUUGUGGUCCCCACGUUACACCUGAAGGCAAAGGAAACAUUUGCAUGCAGUUACUUGGGCAGAAACAGGAAAGGCAGACGAUGGCACUCUGAAAAGAGCAACCAGGCCAUGAUCACCAUCUCUG